AAUAAAGGUAAUGAUUAAUCUAUCAGGUACAAAAAGGAUCGUUUUAGAGAUUUCAGGUUCUAACUCACUAAUUCAAACAAACAGCAAUGCACAGUCAAUGACAGUUUCACCACAAGAGGAUUAAGUCACAGCCUCUAAUUAAGACAGCAUUUGUACAAUUCGUACAGUCAGAGAAUCACACCAGACCAGACAUCUGCAGGAAUCUGUGACCAGUUGUCAAAACUUCCAUUUUCAUGUGUGAGUGAAGGCGGGAACCAGAACAAGCAGGUAUUGGAAAGGUGGUCUUUGGAGAGACUCCAAGAUGCAGCCUGAGAAGGAACCGAAGGGGAAAAGCUUCAAGAACAGACUGGUCUUGAAGAGCAGCUUAGGUAAAGAAAUACUUGCUGAGGUCCUGGGAACGUUUAUAAUGAUCGUCCUUGGAUGUGGCUGUCUUGCCCAAGCUGUCCUCAGUCGAGGACUUUUUGGAGGAAUUGUCACUAUUAAUGUUGGAUUUGCAAUGGCAGUUGUAAUGGCCAUUUAUGUGGCUGGAGGUAUCUCUGGUGGCCACAUCAACCCAGCUGUGACAUUUGCAAUGUGUCUUUAUGGACGGAUGAAAUGGUUCAAAUUGCCAUUUUAUGUGGGAGCCCAGUUCUUGGGAGCCUUUCUGGGGGCUGCAGCCCUCUUUGGCAUUUACUAUGAUGGGCUUAUGCACUUUACUGGUGGAAAAUUGCUCAUCGAGGGAGAAAAUGCAACAGCACACAUUUUUGCAACAUACCCAGCUCCAUAUCUUUCUCUGAUGAAUGCAUUUGCUGACCAAGUGGUGUCCACCACGUUUCUCAUCUUGGUUGUCUUUGCCAUUUUUGACUCCAGAAACUUGGGAGUCCCCAAAGGCCUGGAGCCCAUUGCCGUUGGCCUCCUGGUUUUUGUCCUUUCUUCCUCUUUGGGACUGAACAGUGGCUGUGCCAUGAACCCAGCUCGAGACCUGAGUCCCAGACUUUUCACUGCUUUGGCAGGAUGGGGGUUUAAGGUCUUCACAGCUGGAAAUAACUUCUGGUGGAUUCCUGUAGUGGGCCCUUUGGUUGGUGCUGCCAUUGGAGGCUUCAUCUAUAUUCUUGUCAUUGAAAUCCACCACCCGGGCCCUGACCCAGACUUCAAGGCAGAACCAUCAGAGGACAAACCAGAGAAACAUGAACUUAGUGUUGUAAUGUAGUGGCAUGCUCAGUUCUGUGUUCUCAACUGGCUGAGCGGGUAUUCUCUUCAAGAAAGAUGACAUACAGGUGUAUGUAAGACUGGGGUGGAAUCCACCCAGUUUUCUCUGCUACCCACGUGGGACACCUUAUUGGAAACACAUCCCAGUGAAGGUUUGGAAACACUGACCUCUUCUCUACCAGUUUCUUCACAGAAUAGAACUGACUGUCCCCUGAAACAGCCUUAUUUCCUGCCUUGUUUAUUUCAUCCUUGAUGGGAAUCCUUAUUACUAGGUGAGACCUAACAACUUGGAAUCUUGGCAAUGGCCUUAUUUGAAUGCUCUUGGCUGCGUUAUCUGUGUGAAAUACUCAUAGUGUUACCAAAAGUAUCCUCUUCAAUAUCUACCAAGAUUACAUUCUGAGUGUCAACCAAAACCUAAACUGAAAGAUGAAACAGUGGUUUCAGUUACUGUAUCCAUGAAUUAGGGAGCUGAUGGGUUAACUCUCUCAUUAUGUUAUGUUACCGCAUUUAUAUAAAUAUUGAUAUUCUUUAAAUCUAGGGAUGUAGUAAGCAGUCGAAUACAGUAUGGAAUCACAGGGGAAGGACAUCGUGGCAUUCAGAAACCUCAGGAGAAAAGAUAAAUUUAGGAAACCCAAAGGAACUUUUUAAUGGAAACCAUUUAUCAGAUUAAUCUCUCACUCUUCUGCAUUUUAGAGGGCACCAAUUAAUUUCCUGGUCUUCAGUAUAUAAUAACCUAAAAUACAAUUGUAACCUCAGUCAUGAAAAAUACAUCACUCUGUCUUUUUAGCACAAAUGUAUUUUCCUAAUUGCCCAUUUGAGGACAGACAUUUGACAAGUUAAGUCAAUGCCCGAACUCAUCCAUUAUUCUAUGCAUGCCCUAGAAGCCAAAAAUGAAAGCUGUUGGAUCCUGGUCUAGAAAAAUCUUCAAGGUGGAAGGUCCCUAGAAAGACUAUAUUCCCUUAUUGGGCUUUGCAAUUCACAAAGCACUUUCACACGCAUUAUCUAAAUUAAUCUUCAUAAUGACUGUCUGAAGCAAAUACCGUGCUGCCCAUUUUUCAGGUAAAGAAACAAAAUCUUAGGAAAGUCAAAUGUUUCCAAGGUUGCGUGGAAAGUUGACCAUCAUCUAAUACACCUCUUCACCUUUCAGAAGAUAAAUAACUGCCUGAGAAUCUUUGCCAACCUUUCUGGGCUGGCCAGAAAAAGUGGAAUUGGCAGCUGCCAGAACAUAUAUAUGCCUCCUGGACAUGAUGCUCCUGGAUCUUCAGAUAGAAAGUCCACCAUUGUCUGAUUUUAUUCCCACUAUUUUGAAGCAUUAUCAAAGGAAAGAGGUAACAAUUUGACAAUAGCUUUCACCUGCUGACAAACAUCAUCAGAAGGCCUCUCUUCCUAAGCCACCCUUGGUCUUGCUAAGUCUUGAUCUUCCUUCUCUGCCAACCUCAAACACAUUCAGGGAAUUUCCUCUUCCUUAGACUCUGCUUUGUGCAUUUCUCUAAUUGACGUUACUUUCCACGAAGGAGUCUCUGUGAGUUACAAGCACCAGGGGAAGUGUUCUACAUCAAAAGAUGCACCUUCAGUCAAACUGGUAAAAAGCCCAGCAUUUCCAGAGGCAUCCAGUUUCCUUACUGCUUUAUGAUAAUAACAGCAACAAAAAAGUAAAUGGGAAAUGUCUCUGGUAGCCCACAUUCUACAACCUAUGGACACAUGGAAUUUUUUUCUUGUUCUGAACCUACCUGGAUAUUUCCUACUUGAAAUAAAGUUGGUGGGUGGUU